UGCCUGAGCUGUCACACAUGCACAGCACUCCCUUCAUUCGGAAUCUCACUUUCUCCUGAUUCAGAGAGCAGCAGCCAGUAUGCUCAGAUUCUGCUUACUUGUACUCUUUCUGUUCAGAAAAAGUGUGAGCCCAGUGGUUGUUGUCCAGCCAAAUGUCCUGGUGACCUCCAGUCCUGGAAAAUCUGUGACUCUGAGAUGCUCCAUAUCACACUCCACUGCUAAUUACUUCUCCUGGUUUAAACAGGUCCCAGGACAGGCUCCCAAGUGUAUAUUAACAGUGUAUGCUCACUCAUCUCAAGCUACACGGUAUGGAGAAUUCAUAAAUGAUACCCGCUUUGAAGUGUCAAAAAACAUCAGCAGUUUGAACCUCAUUAUUUCAAAAACAAAACCUUCAGAUGUUGGAACUUAUUACUGCGGGGUCCGUGACUAUGACCUGUUGCUAUUUGGAAAUGGGACAUUUUUAGAUCUUAAAGGCUCAGAAUCAAUAAGCAGGAGUGUUGUUCAGCAGCCUGUGUCUGCCCCAGUCCGGCCAGGAGACAAUGCAACCCUGCAAUGUACAAUACACAUGGAGACCUGUGCAGGAGAUCACAGUGUUUAUUGGUUCAGACAUGACUCAGAAGAAUCCCUUCCAGGAAUAAUUUACACUUAUGAAAACAGGAGUGAUCAUUGUGAGAGGAGCUCUGUGACUGGGGCUCCUACACAGAAUUGUGUCUAUAACCUCCCCAAGAGGAACAUCAGCCCCUCUGAUGCUGGAACUUAUUACUGUGCUGUGGCCACUUGUGGGGAGAUCCUGUUUGGAAAUGGGACCCUGUUGGACAUUUCAGGUAUGGCUAACAUUGAUAACAUUGUCCAGCCCAGCAUCUUGAAGAUGGUUCAGCCUGGAGACAGUGUUACUCUGGAAUGCUUUUUACCUUUUGACAAAAUUUCUUACAUGCUUUGGUUCAAACAGACAAUUGGACAGGGACCUCGAUGUAUACUAAGAUCAUAUUAUUUGUCUAAUGACACCACAUUUUUUGAUGAGUUUAAAAAAUCACACUUCAUGGUGGAAAAGAACACAGGAAAAGGAUUUUUUCACCUGAUAAUUUCUAGAACAAAGAAAUCAGAUACAGCAACGUAUUACUGUGCAACAGCUUACACAACACAAGUUAUGUUUGGGAACGGAACCCUCGUGAUCGUUAAGGAGUCAGGGUUGAUAAGCAGGAGUGUUGUACAGCAGCCUGUGUCAGUCCCAGUCCAGCAAGGAAAUAAUGUGACUCUGCAGUGCACAAUACACACUGAGACCUGUGCAGGAGAGCACAGUGUUUAUUGGUUCAGACAUGGAUCAGGAGAAUCCCUUCCAGGAAUAAUUUACACCCAAGGAAACAGGAGUGAUCAGUGUGAGAGGAUCUCUGUGGCUAAGCAUCCUACACAGACCUGUGUCUAUAACCUCCCCAAGAGGAACCUCGGCCCCUCUGAUGCUGGAACUUACUACUGUGCUGUGGCUAUAUGUGGGGAGAUCUUGUUUGGGAAUGGAACAGAGCUGGAGAUUACAGGUAAAGGAAAUAUUGAUCAAAUUCUAAGUCAUCCCUUUUUCCUUGGCUUGUUGGUAUCUAAUGCCGUUUGUGUGAUGGUGAUCGUUGUUCUCAACUAUGCAAUACUGAAGAAAAAAAGCAAUCUGUGUACAGGACAUAUUUCUCAGCAGAGCCUCCAUGAACACACCACUGUGGAUUCCUCAAAUAAACAGAACGAGGACACAGAUGUGCUGAAUUAUGCUGCCUUGAGCUUCGCUGACUCUAAAACUAAGACUGGGAAGAAGAGGAGAAAAACAGACAGACAGUCUGUGUAUUCUGAAGUCAGAUAUGAACAGCACAACUGAAAAUUAUGUUUCUGCAUUCCAAAAACGAAUAGUAACAACAGUUCUAAAUUUGAAUGAAACAAAAAGACUGAAGUGCCUCUGUUUCUGCCUCUUUGGCACUGUUUGUAAACAUAGAAAAUAUGUUCUACUAUCUUAUUGAUAUUCUGUGAUAAUACUGUAAUAAUACUAAUAAAAUGUAAAACUAA